AUGUCCACGACGAAGGACUUGCGCGGAGAUGAUGACGCGCAGCUGGCGGCCAUGGGCCAUAAGGCUGAAUUAAAUCGAAAUUUCUCCAUGCUAUCCAUGUUGGGAUUGGCCUUUGCGAUUUUAAAUUCUUGGACGGCUUUAUCGGCCAGCUUAUCGCUCAGUUUGCCGUCGGGGGGUUGUGCUAGUGUUGUCUGGGGUCUGAUUACCGCUGGUGUAUGCAAUUUGUGCAUGGCUUGCUCCCUGGCGGAGUUUUUGUCUGCGUAUCCUACGGCUGGUGGACAGUACCAUUGGGUUGCAGUAUCGUGGAAGAACUGGAUCCCGAUCCUAUCAUGGAUCACCGGCUGGGCGAAUGUUUCGGGCUGGCUCGCUUUAACUGCCACUGGUGGCCUCCUGGGAAGCGAGCUGAUUAUGGGUAUUAUCUCCCUGAUGCAUCCGGAAUUCGAGCCGCAGCGCUGGCACCAGUUCCUGCUCUAUAUUGGGUACAACAUCAUCGCCUUCGUUAUCAACUCCCUGAUGAACUCGGUUCUUCCGAAAGUCACCAAGGGUGCUUUCAUUUGGUCUUUGAGCGGUUUUGCUAUCAUCUCUAUUACUGUUCUUGCUUGCUCCUCUCCGAACUAUAACUCUGGAAAGUUCGUGUUCGGAGAUUUUAUCAAUCAAACAAACUGGCCGGAUGGUGUUGCUUGGCUGCUUGGGUUGCUGCAAGGAGGCCUUGGUCUUACAGGAUUCGAUGGUGUGGCACACAUGAUUGAAGAAAUCCCCAAUGCCUCUUCCACUGGACCCAAGAUCAUGAUCGGUUGUGUUGGAAUUGGGACAGUGACCGGAUCAAUCUUCCUGGUCGUGCUUCUCUUUGUUGCUGGCAACAUUGAGGAAGUGAUCGAGUCUGCCGCCGGCCCGCUCGUGCAAAUCUUUAAGAAUGCGACAGGAAGCAAUGCGGGAUCUAUCUGCCUUCUCAUGUUCCCUCUUGUUUGUAUCCUCUUCGCUGCCACUACCAUCAUGGCAACCAGCAGUCGCAUGAUCUAUGCGUUCGCGAGAGACGGUGGUCUCCCAGCUUCUCCAUUUUUCAGCCGGGUACACCCGAAGCUCAAGGUGCCGUUGAAUGCUCUGUACUUAACGAUAUCCUUGGUGAUCAUCUUCGGCUGCAUCUUCCUGGGCUCCUCGAGUGCAUUCAAUGCCAUCGUGUCCUCGUCAGUGGUCAUGCUCGACAUCUCCUACGUUAUGCCAAUCGCGAUCAACUGCAUUCGUGGCCGGAACAUGCUGCCUGAACGGCAUUUUGUUCUUCCCAAGCUGUUUGGCUGGAUUGCCAACAUGGUUGCCAUUUGCUACAUCUCCAUCACCACUGUGCUCUUCCUCUUCCCGCCUAGCCUGCCAGUCACAGGUAGCGGCAUGAACUACUGCGUGGUUGCAUUUGGAAUUAUCCUGAUUGUGUCCGGCAUCCAAUGGUUCGUCGACGGUCGUAAGAACUUUGUUGGGCCUCGCAUCGACGUGGAUGUCAUCUCGGGCGAGCUUUCUGCCGGUGGAGAUACGCUCGAUGACUCUAGUAGACAGGAGCAGGGGAAAUCGGAAGAGAAGUAA